AUGAACAAUAAAAAUGGCUGCGCCCGAAGAAUCGCACCUAGUUCUAUUGAUACUUGAUGCACAUUGGCAUUCUACUCCAUUCCAGUUCAUUGAGUAAAAUGUAUGAUAUUCAUUUUGGUACGCAAGUCGUUCGCGGUGAUUUCUUGUAAGGGAUUUAUUACAAAUCGCUGUUGCUCACACUUUCUGAUUAUUUACCAGUAAUAAGUCGUGUACUUGUCGGCGGCAGGCUCCUCGAACAAUGAUAAUAUUUUUGUUUACUUUAUUCAAAACAGACUGAACUGAAUUUUAAAUACAUUUUUGCUAAACCGAUUCUAAUAGCGCUUGCGAGGCAUAAUUUUCUGCUCGCAAGGCGACCUACUUUGAACAAUCUAUAUUAUAAUAUAUCAUUGACCCUGUCAAAGAAUCCAGGUUUGCCGGGUUGCCAUAUCAAUGCCCACAGGUAGCAAUUUGACAAGUCGCUGGAAUGCCUAAUAAAACUGAUACACAUCGGCAGGUGCGCGAACUUCUGUCUUCUGUCAGAAAACAAAGAAAUAAAUUUAAUACGACAAUUACGACAUGGCUGGGUUUCGGGAUCUAGACAAGGUGUUAUUUCCAAUAAAAAGCAUCAAUAACGUCGUACAACUGUUCAGGAAUCAGUUAGAAAGUCCCUCGGAGCCCGACCUAGCGCUACUUUCAAUCGUAGCGGGUGUAAUCGAAAAUUCCCUAACUAGCCGGUCGAAUGCGGCGCUCCAAGUAUGUGAACCAGUGGAACAAAACAAUUUGCCCAUACUUGAAAUCAAAACAGUAGAAAUACUGUAUGACAAAUUCCGCAGCAUUAUGCUGAAUGCCGUAGAUCAAAACAAAGCGAAAGGGUUUGCUACACGGGAUUUGGUCAAAAAGGUCUCUGAUGUUAUUUGGAAUUCUUUGACAAGAAGCUAUUAUAAGGAUAGGGCUCAUUUACAGAGCCUUUACAGCUUCUUGAGCGGCAACAAAUUAGAUUGUUUUGGAGUGGCAUUUGCAGUGGUGGCGGGAUGCCAGUGCUUGGGUUACAAUGACGUGCAUUUGGCCCUAUCAGAAGACCACGCUUGGGUCAUAUUCGGCGAAAACGGAACUGAGACGGCGGAAGUAACUUGGCAUGGUAAAGGAAACGAAGACAAAAGAGGCCAGGAAAUCGGUAAAGGGGUAUCUGCCAGAUCUUGGUUGUACGUCAAUAAUAAACCAGUGAUUUGUACAAGACACAUGGAGGUAGCUGCUUUAGUAUCUGCCAUAAAUCCAUCUUUGAAUUCGACACAUGACGCUUAUGAAGUAGCUUUACUUCAACAGGAACUGCUGUGGUUGUUAUAUGAGUUAGGACAUUUAAAAAAGUACCCAAUGGCCAUUGGAAAUUUGGGCGAUCUGGAAGAGAUAGCAGCCACUGAAGGAAAAGUGCCAUGUAAAGAUUUAUUCCAGGAGGCCGUCACUUCAGCAAGGAGUUACUACAGCAACCAACAUGUGUAUCCCUACACUUACCAGGGCGGCUAUUUCUAUCGCAAUAAAAUGUACGAGGAGGCGUUUGAAAGUUGGGCAAACGCAAGCGACGUUAUCAGACUUUACAAUUAUUCGAGGGACGAUGAGGAGAUCUACAAGGAAUUCCUGGAAAUAGCCAACGAGUUGAUACCUCACAUAAUGAAAAUCGAAAGCUCAGGGUUUAGUGCUAAUACGAUAUUGAAGAAACCGAAAUGUUUCGCGGAUUUGUUGCGUUUCUAUGACGGUAUAUGUCAAUGGGAGGAAGGGAGCGCCACGCCAGUCUUACACAUCGGCUGGGCCAAACCUCUUGUUCUCACCAUAUCCAAAUUCGAUGCGGAUGUUCGAGCUCAGGUAAACAUAGUCUGUGAUAAGUCUGAAGAAGACAAACUAUUGAAGAAAAACGGUACAUAUUUUAACAAUAAUAACUACGAAAAAGAAAAUGGAUCUACAGCCGUCAGCGAUUCUGUCGUAUCUACAAACGUGAAGAAUCAUAGUGACAAGGACAAUUCGCCUUUUCAUCCCAGCAUCGAGGCCCUAACGGCUGCUUGCUCGGAGAAGAUUCUUAACCCCGAGUAUUUAUUGCAAGGGGAUGGAUCGCCGUUCGUCGGUGGCGAUUAUCCUGACCCGCUCGCUAAUCAAUCGGGCGUUUCCGAAUGCAAACGUAACGGUGGUGCGAGCACUUCGAAAGAAGAUCCUUUGGGCAGUCCGUCCUCGUCAUCUACGAACGGAGGCGACAAAGACCCUCCGCCUCCGGUGGACAGGAAACCAUUGGUCAUUUUGCGUAGCCAAAAGAUGAAGCAGCUGAAGAACCUUCUGCUAGCCGAGAAGCUCAACACCCAAGCCAUUUCGUUACAUUUGACAGCGCAAUCUCAGGUACAAGUGGGUAAAAAGGGGCGCGGUGAUCCAGGAGGGGAUAGUUUGAGGCCCAAAAGGGCGCGCAGGGAGUAAGCGAUUUGGUGUUGUUUUUUUUUAUUAUUAUUAUUAUUAUUAUACGAGCUCAAAUGCUUUAUGUUCGGACGAUGUAAGACUCCAUAAAUGAAGAGUUUUGAAUUUAUAUAGGAUCACCCUCGCGGUAUCCUCUUUCUAAAUCGAUCAACGUGGUAAAGAAUUAUUGCUGAGCAUAAAUUUAAAAAAAAAGACGAAUAAUUAAGAACCUCUUCCUUUUUUUUUUGAGGUUAAAAAACUGAAAUCUGCGUUUUUUUGUCGAGUCAUAUUUAUAUAACUAAGAUGUAUAAAGUCUGAUCUGAAGAAUUUUUUUAUUUUGAAUAAACUACAUAACAGAAUUACAAAAAUAUAAAAAUUUGCUGAUAAAUAUACAAAUGUCUUAUAAUUUAAAUUGAACGAUAAUAAGAGAAGUUUUU